GGGGCCGGGCACAGACGUGUCGCUGCCAUGGCGGAUCCCGGUCGGCUGGAGCGGCUGGAGCGGCGUGUGCGGGAGCUGGAGGAGGAGCUGGCCCGGGAGAAGCGCGGGCGGGCAGCGGCGCGGGCCCGCAUCGACACCAUGAGCGCCGAGGUGACCGACUCCAACCCCUACAGUCGCUUGAUGGCAUUAAAAAGAAUGGGAAUUGUCAAAGACUAUGAGAAAAUCCGUACCUUCACAGUUGCAGUAGUAGGUGUAGGGGGUGUUGGCAGCGUGACUGCUGAAAUGCUGACAAGGUGUGGCAUUGGUAAGCUGCUUCUGUUUGAUUAUGACAAAGUGGAGCUGGCAAACAUGAACAGACUCUUCUUCCAACCUCAUCAAGCUGGAUUAAGUAAAGUGCAAGCAGCAGAACAUACUUUGAGGGAUAUUAAUCCUGAUGUUCAGUUUGAAGUACAUAACUACAACAUCACAACACUGGACAACUUUGAGCACUUCAUGGAUAGAAUAAGUAACGGUGCACUGGAGGAAGGGAAGCCUGUGGAUCUGGUUCUAAGCUGCGUGGACAACUUUGAAGCUCGCAUGGCAAUUAAUACGGCCUGCAAUGAACUUGGACAAAUCUGGAUGGAGUCUGGAGUGAGUGAAAAUGCAGUGUCAGGACACAUCCAGCUGAUCAUCCCUGGUGAAUCCGCUUGUUUUGCGUGUGCUCCUCCACUGGUAGUAGCUGCAAAUAUUGAUGAGAAGACGUUGAAACGAGAAGGAGUUUGUGCAGCCAGUCUUCCUACAACCAUGGGUGUUGUGGCAGGAAUGCUUGUACAAAAUGUUCUCAAAUACCUGUUAAAUUUUGGUACUGUGAGUUAUUAUCUUGGUUACAAUGCGAUGCAGGAUUUCUUCCCAACUAUGUCUAUGAAGCCAAACCCCCAAUGUAGUGACCACAAUUGCAGAAAACAGCAAGAAAAUUAUAAGAAAAAAGAAGCUGCAAGACCAAAGGAAGAAGUAAUUGAAAAGGAAGAAGAAAUAGUACAUGAAGACAAUGACUGGGGCAUAGAAUUAGUAUCAGAAAUUUCAGAAGAUGAGCUGAAGGCUGCAUCUGGCCCAGUACCUGAGCUUCCUGAGGGAAUUAGUGUAGCAUAUACUAUCCCAGACAAGGAAGAGAAUUUAAUAACUGGGGAGGCAGUAGCAGAGUCUGAAGAAAGCCUAGAAGAACUCAUGGCCAAAAUGAGAAACAUGUAGAAAAACAAAUAUUAAGUGCAACUUUCAUGAGUUUGGAUGGACAUUGGAUUUUGAGAAGACCAGACUCCUUACUACUUUUUUUACCUCCAUUGAAGCUUAUCUUUACUUUUCUGAUGAAACAGAACUGUUACAGGGGCAGGAAGGAUGCAGACUUACAUCGUUUAUAUUCUGUUUUCUCAUAAUGUCUUUAUAUAGACAGCUAUAGAGCUGUGCUACUGUAAAUUUUAGUUUCUCAGCAUUGCUAGUGUCCAGAUAUUCAGUGGUAAAUAAAAGGAUCUGGAUAACCUAAAAAAGCAGGCACAGCACAUUAUAUACGCUAUCAUGUGAUGAGAACAGCACGUAGAACAGGCCAAGGGAAAGAUGAAAUCUGCUGGAGUGGGCUGAGUGGGUGAAGGGCAGAUGAUAAUGCCUCUCUCAUGAUGCUGCUCCUGAGUUUCCAGGCACUUUUACUUGGUUGUCAUUCACUGGUCUAAAGUCUUGGCAUGGAUCAUGCUGUGGCUACUUUUUUUGAGUAAUGAGAACAUAUGAGCCUUUUCAUCUGCCUUAAAUAUCCCUGGGAUGGAAUUUUCUUUAUCAGUGUCUUACUGCUGCUUGUCCUUAAACAGCUGCCUAUGUUUUGUAUGUGAUGUUUUCAGUAUACUGUAAGAAGGUGAAGUCUUUUGUUAUUAUCACAUUAGCAGCAUGCCACUAUUUUGUCUAGCAGAUGCUUUUCAUGACAAAAUUAUGAGCAACAUUGGAAAGAACUGGAGAUUCUGUCUACCUUUUCAGAAGUCUAAAUAUUAUAUUUUUGUUGGUUACUGAAAGUUUAGCUAUAAUUCUGAUCACUCCCCAUCACGUGGGCUAUAUUAAGAAAUAUGUCUGAGUUUGCAUAGAGAGUAUCUUAAAAUUAGAUUCUAUAAAUUUUUAGUUUUGCAAAUAUCUUCAUUGGAGUAGCUCACCUGUUGUAUUUGUCUUGUAAAUGACAUAAGUACAGUCGUACAACCUUUUAAAUGGCCACGUGUUAAACUGACCUGUAAAUAUUUGCAUCCUGGGGCACCAGUACCCUGUAGAACUGGAAGGAUCAGUUUCAAAUACUUUAACUACUGUGGACAUCUGAUCCAGAACUUGGUAAUUAUUUCAGCCUCAGCAGUAUAAUACAAGUAUUUCCAAUAUUGGGCUCUUCAAAAAACUUUUCCACAAUGUGAUGCAGCCAGCACAGAGCCAGCUAGUAUUGGUAGUAGUAUCCCACUAAAAUGAAAAGAGAUAGCAAUACCAUGGUGGUGCUUCUGUUUCUUAGGGCAGCUGAAUGAAUACCUGUUAGUUAUACUAAUAAUUAGUUUAAAAAAUGUUUCAUUUCUUAUUAAUGGUUACAAAAUUCAAAAUCAGUUUCCUCCACAGCUGACAUCAAAUUAUAUUUUAUGCAGAAAAGUCAUUUCUGAAACGAGUGAGGGAGAUUUUGGGUGGGUUUUGAGUGUGGGGCAUUAUACUGUAAAAUUGAAGUGGCUUUUUUGAAUUGAGUUCUGUUUUGGAGAAACCAGGUUUUAGAAAUGAACUGCAAAGAAAGAUAGGAAAUAGAACAAUGAGACCAUUAAAAAGGUAGAUACUUGAAUCUGUGUCAAUAAGUCCACGUUAGCUUGAUCCAGUGUCAAUUUAUGUGUUACUUACAUUUCUGUGUGACUUUCACCUUUCUGUUGGGAACAAUAGAAGUCAGGCACACAGCUGUGUGGAUCUGGAGAUCCUGAGGCAAAUGGCUGAUUCAUUUCCAUACCAGCUCAGUUCCUCCUGACUCUUUACUAUUUGGCUGACAUGGCUGCUAUCACAGGAUUGACAGCUUUAUGAGAGGCAACUUCAAGUACACUUUCAUGAGGGAAUUAAUACAUUUUUGUAUGCCCUGUUGGAGAGUACACAAAAUGGUUCCUGUGUUACUUUUAGACUUUCAACUUGUAUAUACAAGAAAAAUUUGAAAUAAUCAGAAAAUGAAUAAUUGUGUGAAGAUAAUUGUAUGUG